AUGGCGAAGAUUAUAUUUAUAUUUUGUGCCUUAAUACCUUAUAUAUUUGCUCAGUGCACAAUUGAAAAAGCGGAACCCUUUUUCUCUAGAUCGGUAUACGAGUUCUCCAUAGACUUGGUGAGAAGAAUCGCGCAAGACACUGACUAUCAUUUCGUGGCAUCAACUCUCUCACCUUGGACACUACUUGCCUAUACCUCCCUCGGUGCUGCCGACAACACUUUAGAAGAACUCAACACUAUUUUAAGGUUGCAUCCACACAAAUGUUUCAAUAAGAAAUUCUUCGAAAUAACGAAAAGUAUCUACUCACCGGCUGCCGAUACAACGCUAGAAGGAACUUCAGCUAUAUUCGUUGAUGAAAGAAUACCGGUAAAAGAGAUGUUCAAAAAUAAAGUUAGGAGGGCCGGCGUAUGUGAAGUAAAACAAGUAUCGUUUGAUAAUUAUGAUUACGUUGCAGCUUAUAUAAAUAAUUAUGUAAAAACGGCAACGAACGGAGCUAUAGAUGAAAUAGUACUCGCAAGUGAUUUGGAGAAUGUGGCUCUAAUGAUUAUAGAUGCUUUACGAUUUAAAGGUACUUGGAAAAUUCCUUUCGACAUCGCCGAGACAGAAGAAAGUUCAUUUUAUGACGAUAUGAACAACAAAGUAGGCGAUGUAAACCUUAUGUUUGUAACCGAUAACUACAAUAUCAAAUUAAUGGAUAAAAUAAACGCCACGAUUGUUGACCUGCCCUAUAGUGAUGACAGAUUUUCUCUGUUACUAUUCGUGCCUUAUGAUGGCACCAAACUGAGCAACGUCAUAUAUUCUCUAAAAGAAAUCAGUCUAAAAUCAAUAUUCUCAUUUUUUAAAGAACACGAACCGCAAGAAGGAAUAAUACAGUUACCUCGAUUCAAGAUUUCAUCAGACCUAAAUAAUCUAAAAGAACUUUUCAUUGAUAUGGGAUUGAGAACAAUAUUUGACGGUAACCAAGCCCAAUUCCCAGAUAUUUCGGACUAUCCGUUAUUUAUCUCUAACCUUAUACAGAAAGCUGACAUAGAAGUGACAGAAGAGGGCACGGUAGCAAGUGCAGCAUCGAAAGCAGAAUUUUCGUUCAAGAGUCUCCCGUUUGUUGUGGCUGCAAACAAGCCGUUCUUCUUCAUGAUUGUGGACAAAAAAACUGUAAUCCCAGUCUUCGCAGGUGCUUACUCUAAACCAAGCAAGUACUAA